AUGGUAGGAGGCUUGAAGAGGAAACACUCCGAUUUGGAGGAGGAGGAAGAGGAGAAGAAGUGGGGCUGGGGCCCUGCGGGCCUUCGAAGCUAUCAGCAAGCCCUUCUCCGCAUCUCCCUAGACAAGGUCCAGCACAGCCUGGGCCCCCGUGCACCCAGCCUCCGCAGGCAUGUGCUCAUCCACAAUACCCUGCAACAGCUCCAAGCUGCUCUUCACCUUACUCCUGCUCCUACCCUAACCCCAGAGCCCCUCUUCCUGGGUGAAGAGGACUUCUCCCUGUCCACCACCAUUGGCUCAAUCCUCAGAGAAUUGGAGACCUCCAUGGAUGAGACCGAACACCCUCCGAACCCAGUGGUUCCUCCAGGCAUCCAGGAUGAUGAAGCACUUCCCCAACCCGAUCCAGUCUUCCUAGAAUCUCUGAGUUCCCGGUACCUGGGCGACACUGGCUUGGAUGACUUCUUUUUGGACAUUGAUACAUCAGCGGUAGAGAGGGAGCCUGUGGUCACUCCUCCAGAGCCCCCUCACAACCUCUUCUGUGCCCCAGGGUCCUGGGAAUGGAAUGAACUAGAUCAUAUCAUGGAGAUUAUUCUAGGCUCCUAA